CUGGAGCAGGGGACGUAAAGAGAUUCCCUCUUUGGCAACGCUUGACUGGUUGGGUUUCAAGAACGUAUGCAGACAACUGGCAGAGUGGGGGAAAAUUCCAUGAUGCAAUGGAAGCGCUUACGAAAGAGCGUAUCCAGCGUCACGCCAAGGGCGAGGAGCUUAACGACCUGUUUCAGCCAAUGCUAGAGGAUUGGAAAGGGAACGAGGCUGCAAUAACGACAGCUGACCGCAUUGCUGAAGUGGAACAAGCUGUGGGAGCUGGGACAGAUGGGCCAGCUGUAUCGAUCUCCAUGACGCUGUAUUACCUUGUGCGCUAUCCGCACACAUUCUCGCAGUUGCGGGCGGAACUUGACAGUGUGUUAUCACCUGACGUGGAAGUCGCGCCGUGGUCCAAGGUUAAAAAUCUCCCGUAUCUGCGCGCUUGUAUUGAUGAAGCUAUGCGUUUAGCCCCGCCUGUCGCAACCGAGUUGAUUCGGCGCACACCACCUGACGCUAGCAUAAUCAUUGACGGCGAGGUGAUACCACCAGAUACAAAUGUAUCAAUCGCGGCAUAUACAGCGCACCGUGAUCCAUGCGUUUUCCCAGACCCAACAACGUUCAACCCUUCACGGUGGCUGGCAAGGGGUUCGGACAGCUUGCGUGAUAUGCGAUCCAUUUUCAUCCCCUUCAGCGCGGGCACACGCGGUUGCAUUGGCCGUAACCUAUCCAUCCUAAUGCAAGCAAUGUGUAUAGCUACCAUCGUCUAUCAUUACGACUUCGCCUUGAAGCAGCCGAAAUGGGACAUGGAAUUCGAGGAGUGGUUUAACCUUUGGCCACUAAGGCUGCCUCUCAAGGUUUGGCGUCGGGAUGCAGCAUCCUUCCCAAGAGCCCCAGUAAAAAUGCUGUGAAAUUGUCCUUUAGCAGUACAGGAGUUACCCGAUAGUUGACUUUUCGGUGUACAGAUUUUGCUAAAGGCGGUAUCUAUCAGGAGACUAUGGUUAGCAUGAUUAUUGAUACGCCAUGGUAGAGCAUGCUUUCGUAGAUGGAAGAGGAAAAGAAUUGUACUGGGUGUAUUGUACCUCUCUACUUAUUUACUUUCGCCCAUAAUAUUGAACUCAGGAUAAUGCUUAUUCAAGCUUCACGCUCAAUAAUUGGCUCAUUGAUUGUCUCUGUUCUUGAGUACUUUGUCCUAUUUGACUCUGGAUAUCCUUAAGCAUUAUGUAGGCUCUUAGCUUUUUUGAAAUGUUGACAGCGUGCUUGCC